CAAUUAAAAUUGAAUAAGAACGUUUAUUUUUCAGUUAAUAAUACUAAAAAAAUAAUUAAUAACAAAUUGAUAUAUUUAGUUAUAUUUGAACUAUUAAAAAUUUACGUUCAAUUUUAUUUGUAAGUCAACGCCAUUUAAAAAUAAUAAUUUUUAUAGUAGUUCUGUUGUCAUGUAAACUUCAAAAGAAAUGUUUCCGCCAUAUUGAAUGUUGUAUGUUGAGAAAAUAACAAAAAGUGUAGUGUCAUCACAGUUAUUACACACUCGUUUUUUACUGUGAUAAGUUUUAUUUGAAUAAUUAAAAUUUUCGUAUCAUAAUUAGUAAAAUAGUAGUUUUAAAUUAUUCAGAUCCAAACUAAUAAACCUAGCAAAUUAAGGUGGUUCAUGAAGGAACAUAAUAUUCUUUAUCAGUAGCUGGCUAUUUGGAUUUAAUACUCAACCAUUAUCUUCAGAAACUACAAUAAAAAUGAGACGUGGUUCACACGAUAUGCAAGUAAAUGUCGCUGGCAUUAGGCGAAAUCUCAAAAAUUUCGCCCACAAUUAUUCGGAUGCUCAAAAAAAGGUUAGGGAAGCAACAUCGAACGACCCAUGGGGUCCCAGUAGUACAAUUAUGGCCGAAAUAGCAGACCUAACGUACAAUGUCGUGGCUUUUAGCGAAAUAAUGCAAAUGGUUUGGAAAAGACUUAACGAUCACGGUAGAAAUUGGCGUCACGUUUACAAAGCUCUAGUCCUUUUGGAAUAUCUAAUUAAAACAGGAUCUGAAAAAGUCGGUCAACAAUGUAAAGAAAACAUAUUCGCGAUACAGACUUUGAAAGAUUUUCAAUAUUUAGAAGAAGGUAAAGAUCAAGGUCAGAAUGUGAGAGAAAAGGCGAAACAGCUCGUGAAUUUAUUGAAAGACGAUGAAAAAUUGAAAAACGAAAGAGCCAGAGCGUUAAAAGCCAAAGAGAGAUUCGCGCAAAGCUCCAGCGGUUUCGGUAGUGACGGUGGCUUGGAAACCCCGAGCAGUCCGAAAUAUCCGGCGUUCAGAGGCGAUUGGCAUUCUCAGGACACCGUCGACGUAUCUAAAGAUAUAGAAAUCGCACGACCCCAAACUGCGGGAGAAGAAGAACUUCAACUGCAGUUAGCGCUCGCUAUGUCGAGAGAAGAAGCCGAUCAAGAAGAACAGAAGAGGAAAUCCGACGACGUCCGGCUUCAGUUGGCGUUAAGUCAAAGUCAACAAGAUUUUAAAUCGUCGCAGGAGAAGAAGAAACACGACGAUAGUCAUUUGGUCGAUUUGUUGGACGUUAAUUUAGGGAGGGAAUCGGCUCCGCUUGAUCCGUGGGGUAUGCCGCAACCUCCCAGACCGCAGCAAACAUCACCUUGGCAUCCAUCUUCGUUAUCCUCCCCGCCAGAAGUACCCUUAACCGGUACUUGGUUACCACCGAGUAAUAAUACCGCAACGAAAACCGAUCCUUGGGGUAUAUCGGUAGCUCCUGACACCACCUCUUCACCAAAAUCGAUCCCCAAACAGGAUCCUUGGUCACCUGCGAGUCAAAGUUCAACAGAUUUGGAUGAAUUCGACGUCAUAUCUAAUAGAAAUAAAAUUACGUCUUCGCCUAAAACUAACGGCGGCGGCGGCGGCGGUUCGGAUCCAUUCGAAUUGAAUCUAUUAGGGGAAAGCCUGAUGACUACGACGACGGAUAGCGAAGGAAAUUUAUCGACCGGUACGACGAAAAAGACGCCGCUGAGUUUUCUCGGUGAAAAUUCCGCUUUGGUCAAUUUAGAUAAUCUCGUAACGAGUAAACCGGCGAACCCAACUUUAAUAGCGAAUCCGUUUUCGGAUCCCAACCCUCCUAGACCGGUGUUCAAUACACCACCACCGAAACCGUCCAUCAAUGAAAUCAAACAACAAACUUUCGCACCAUUCACAGCUCCAUUACCCGCGCAGACGUUCGCACCGGUACCCACAACAUCCUUCGGACAAUUUCCCGUAACGGCAACACAACAACCUUUCGGUGGUACUAAUGGUUUGUAUGGUGCCGGUACGACAAUACCAGAUCCUUGGACGCCCGUCGUAAGCAGUAACGGUACCUCUAAUUCGGCAUGGACAGUAAAAACCAACGAACCAGCGAAUCCAUUUUUAUCCUAACACCUUGCCGGGUGUUUUAUAACAUUUAUUGGUAUUAUUAAAUAUUACGAGGAGAAUCGCAAUAGUUGCUUUCUAUGUUUGAUAAUAACAUUUAAUAGGGAAAAUUUUUCUCCAAAAAAAAAAAACAAAAAAUGUUUCUAUAAAUACAUAUAUAUAUAUUUUUAUAACGAGAAAGAAAAACGCUUUUGGCUUUAACAGUGUAACAUCACAAUAAUAGAGAGUUUUACACCGUCGUUUAACUUCAUUUUUCUUAUUUAUUCGUUACUCCCCAAAUGUCACCGUUUGAUCACCACGUGUCCGUCUAUUUCGUUCAGAAUCGGUCUCUGAAGAUGUUUAUUUGGUUAACGAAACGUUGUAUCGGUUAAUUUUUUUUUUAUCGAAUUGAUUUUUCCCGAUGGUUGCGAAAGUACUUUUCAAAUUUCCCUUGUAGUAUUUAAUUUUUUUAAACAUAAAUUUUUGUCGGAUUUGAUGAUUAAUUUGUUUUUGUGAGAUUUUUGGACGUUAAAUUAUUUUUGCAAUAUUGUUAAAUUAUUUUUUAUAAUUUAUUAGACUCAGUCCAGUUCCAACUUGAUUUCUACUAUUAUUCGGCGUAUAUUUUUCGAAAUUUUCCCAUUAUAUGCCUCUUAAUUUUGGUUUUUGAGCACUUGGAAUGUUUAUCGGUCCUUAAAAGUCCUUUUGCAACUAAAUUUCUACGAUUUUCCAGCAUAUUUGUUUCCAAAUCGACAUCUGAGCCCUAUUUUUCGAUUAUUCUUCCCAUAUUUUUGAUUAUCAACCUCUUUUGAUUAUUAUUUACCCUCAAAAGUAAUUUUUGGACCAAAUUUCCAUUAUUUACCAGCCUUGAAAUUUUUCAGUCCGACAUUUGAGACCAAUUUUUCAGUUAUUUGUCCCCUAAUUCCGAUUAUUAACUCUCAUGAUUAUUUUUUUCCCUCGAAAGUGCUUUUUCACUAUUUUUCAACAUACAUUUUUCCCAAUUCUAAACAUGACCAUCUUUUUGGUUAUUUGACCCCAAAUUUAGAUGUUAGGAUUAUUAUUUGUCCUUAAAAACCCCCCUUUCAACCUAAUUUCUACUAUUUUUCAAAAUAUAUCUCUCGAAAUUCAAAAUAUGACCCCUUUUAUCGAUUAUUUGACACUAAUCCUGAUACUACAACCCUCAGGAUAAUGAUGAUUCCUUAAAAAUCCUUUUUCAACCUAAUUUCUACUAUUUUCUACCAUAUAUCCUUCGAAAUCUCUUUUUUUUGAUUAUUUGUCCCUUUAUCUUGAUGCUGGAACUCCCAGGAAAAUUAUUUGCCACUAAAAACCCCCUUUCAAUCUAAUUUUUACUAUUUUCUAGCAUAUAUCUUUCCAAAUCCUAAAUUUGAGACCCCGUUUUUCAGUUAUUUGCCCCUAUUUAAUAAUACAACUCUCAGGGUAAUUAUUUACCCUUGAACACCCUUUUUCAACCUAAUUCUUACUAUUUUCCAUUAUGUAUAUUUCCAAAUCAAAAUUUGACCCCCCUUUUUGGUUAUUUACCCCCUAAUAUCGAUGCUAAAACUCACAGGGCGUUUUUCCAAUUUAGUUUUCAAUAUUUCCACACACGUUUUCCCAAAAUGAAAAUUCAAGCCACUAUUUUCCGAUAAUUUGCCCUAUAAUCUUGUUACAAAGGGCAAACACCGCAACGAGGGGAUGAAAACUCACCCUUUUUUAUGUAUAUUCAUAUAUAUUUUAUUUUUAUGUUUCCGAAAGUCAUCCCCUUGUUAAUCCGAUGAUUUAAAUACGUAGUUUACGUUCCAACGAACAAAAAUUUAAAUUUUCGUCUGUUUUUAUUAUUAUUAUUUAUAUAAAGUUGUUUUUAAUUAUUAUUAUCAUAGUUUGUACAUAAAAAAUACACAGUUAUACAUAUAAUUUGAAAGUACGCAAUUUAUUUUUAAUUUUUAUCAAUAAGAUUUGUAUAUAUUAUCAAAGUUUUAAAUUAAACAGAUAAAAAAAGUUUUUGUAUUAUAAACAUUAAAAAAAAAUAACGAAAAUUGAUGAUUGUAUUGGAACUAUUAUAUCGUGAUAGCUAUUUUCACUUAUAUUGAAAAUAAAAUUCAAAAAAAUCACAAAAA